GCAAUCGUAAACCACUCGAAAUCUUUUCUCUUCCAACUCUCGAACACGCAAAAUACAGCUUUGCUGAUCAACAGCUCGACGUGCUGCUGAGAUAUUGAAUAAUGAGGCCAAUUCUAUUACAAGGUCACGAACGAUCACUCACUCAAAUCAAGUUCAAUUCAGAAGGGGACUUACUGUUCUCAUGCUCGAAAGACCAUAUCAUCAAUGUUUGGUUCUCACACAAUGGUGAACGCCUAGGCACAUACGAGGGCCACAAUGGCACAGUAUGGACAAUCGACAUUGACUCACAAUCAAGAUUUCUCGUCUCUGGAUCUGCCGACAAUGAGCUACGUCUGUGGAAUGUAUCCGACGGCAAAUGUUUAUACGUUUGGGAGUUCCCAACGGCCGUGAAGCGUGUGGCAUUCAGCGACGAUGACGAGCGUGUCGUUUGCAUCACUGAGCAACGCAUGGGCCAUCAAUGUGUUAUACGAGUGUUCAAGCUGAACCACGAUGGAGAUGGAACGACUCAAUCUCUGGAACCAGAACAUAUGUUCAGUCCCAUAGGGUCUAAGGCCACCGUUUGCGCAUUCACAUAUACCCCAAACCUGAUCAUAACUGGUCACGAGUCUGGAAAAAUCGCUCUUUUUGAUGUCGUCACCGGGACAGAAGUUCUCAACAACGAGCGUGCGCACAUGGACGUCGUCACAGAUUUGCAAUUGUCUGCCGAUCGCAGCUAUUUCGUAACAAGUAGCAAAGACAAAACUGCUCGGAUACACGACACGAAAACUCUUCGAGUACUCAAAACUUUCACAACAGAGACACCUUUGAACAGUGCAGCACUAGCACCCAACAAACCAUACGUUCUAGUAGGUGGUGGUCAGGAAGCGAUGCAGGUCACCACUACGUCGCUGCGGCAAGGCAAAUUUGAAACCCGUUUUUGGCACAAGGUCUUUGAAGAGGAAGUUGGCAGAGUAAAGGGUCAUUUCGGACCCAUCAACACGAUUGCUGUUCAUCCGGCUGGUACGAGCUAUGCUUCCGGUGGAGAAGAUGGCUUUGUACGUGUUCAUCACUUCGAGGAGUCCUACUUCAGAGCAAAGCCGUAUGGGGAUCUCCAGCUCGAGGAUUGAAUACGUGCCCUAUUAUUUGGUCUUCCACUGUUUUACCUACUAGAACGACUUCAUGACGUGUAUCCGAAGUGAUGUAUGGAUUGUGCAUCAUGUUGUAUUGAAGCUUGAAAGGCGACAACGGGCCCUGCAUGAGACUCAAUUGUA